AUGACAGAUGCAAACCCAAAGGCCGGGGCCAAACUGCCAUCACCGCCCUUUCACACCAUUCCGGGCCUGCCCAACUUCCGCGAUGCUGGCGGCUACCCCAUUGAUGCCCAGCCCGGCCGCAUCCUCAGGCCUGGUGUUGUCUUCCGCUCCGCAGAGCCCUCACGCCUUACCGACGACGGCGUCACCCGCCUCCAGGAUCUCGGUAUCACCCAUGUCUACGAUCUCCGCUCCACCAUCGAGCUCAAGCGCCUCGCCCAGGCAGGGACGAGUUGCAACGUGCGCGACUGGCCCGGUGCCCAGCGCGUCUUCGUUCCCGUCUUCCGGGACGAGGACUACGGGCCAGAGGCCAUUGCCCUUCGCUAUCGUAACUACUCAAGCGACAGUACCGAGGGUUUCACUAAAGCCUACACUGAUAUCCUACGCACCGCCUCGGAGCCUGACCACCCCAAUGACCCCUUUCGCACUAUCCUCUCUCACCUCGCAACCCCCAACCCCCCGUCUCCGAUGCUCAUCCACUGCACUGCCGGCAAGGAUAGGACUGGCGUUAUUUGCGCCAUAAUUCUUAGCCUCUGCGGCGUCGCGGACGAAGUCGUUGCACACGAGUACAGCCUGACGAACAUCGGCCUCCAGGACCGUAGAGAAGAGAUUGUUAACCACCUCCUCGCCACCGAAGCCCUCAAAGGAAACCUCCAGGGUGUCCGGCGUAUGAUUAGUUCCCCGAAGGAAAGCAUGCUUGCAACACUAGCCAAGCUUCGCGAGGAGUAUGGUUCCAUCGAGGCUUACGUGCAAAAUAGAUGUCGCGUAUCCGCAGAGGCCAUUGAUAAGAUUCGCUCCAAUCUCGUAGUGGAUAUUUCCGACGAGCAUCAAGCACUAGACUGGAUAUCACACUCAAAAUACUUGCUGUGA